AUGGCCCAAAUGGAAGACCGCGAGGGAUUUGCAGAUUAUGGUUCUUCCAUGGAUGUAGAUGUUGAUCUCAGAGAUAUUUAUUUCAUGAUCAUGCAUUUUCUGGCCGCUGGCCCAUGUCAAAAAACAUUUAGACAAAUGUGGGAGGAACUUUCAGAACACGCACUCUUACCUCGAAGAUAUCAUGCUUGGUAUUCAAGGCGUGGUACAGUCUCCGGGGACCUAAAUGACGAUGGGAACUCGUUUCCUCUAAAUUAUGACAAUUUAAUUGGAAGGUACCCCCACAUUGGAAAAGAUCACUUGGUCAGACUCAUUAAACAAUUGAUGCUGAUGAUGUCUCCUCCAUCGCAGUGUAUAUCCGGACGAAUUGUUCCUAAUGCUCUUGAUGUUCCUACCGUACUUGGAACUGGGACAUUUUCUUUGUUGUCAGAUGAGAGAAAUAAAGUAAACAAGCAAGUGAGACACUUACCAUCUUACCUCCGGUGGCCACAUAUGCAAGCCGAUCAGGUUCGAGGGCUUAGAUUGAGAGAAAUUGGAGGUGGCUUUUCAAAACACCACCGUGCUCCAUCUAUACGCGUUGCAUGUUAUACCAUCGCCAAACCAUCAUCCAUGGUGCCAAAGAUGCAAAAUAUGAAGAAGUUGAGAGGACACAGGGAUGCUGUGUAUUGUGCUAUAUUUGAUCGCUCUGGUCGCUAUGUGAUUACUGGAUCCGACGAUCGUUUGGUAAAGAUUUGGUCCAUGGAAACUGCAUUGUGCCUCGCAAGUUGCCGUGGACAUGAAGGCGACAUUACAGAUUUAUCUGUCAGCUCCAAUAAUGCUCUAGUGGCAUCAGCAUCAAAUGAUUUUACUAUUCGUGUUUGGCGUCUGCCUGAUGGUUACCCUAUUUCAGUUCUUCGUGGACAUACUGGAGUUGUUACUGCCAUUGCUUUUAGUCCCAGGCCAAAUACUCCUUAUCAUCUGUUAUCGUCGUCUGACGAUGGAUCGUGUCGGGUAUGGGAAGCUAGAUCCUCUCAGUGCCGUCCUCGUGUCUAUCUCCCAAAGCCCUCAGAUGCUACUAAUGGAAGGAGCAUUGGUUUAUCUUCAGGUGCAUCAUUGAGCACUGCUUUACAGGGCCAUCAAAUACUAUGUUGUGCAUACAAUGCUAAUGGGACUGUCUUUGUCACUGGGAGCUCUGAUACAUUUGCAAGGGUUUGGAGUGCAUGUAAGCCAAAUACAUAUGAUCCUGAACAAGUAUGUCAUGAAAUUGACAUACUAGCUGGCCAUGAGAAUGAUGUCAACUACGUUCAGUUCAGUGGCUGUGCUGUGGCAUCACGAUCUUCUCCAUCCGAUUCAUUUAUCGAGGACAACAUUCCAAAGUUCAAAAAUUCCUGGUUUCAUCAUGACAACGUUGUUACCUGUUCACGCGAUGGCAGUGCAAUUAUUUGGGUUCCGCGAUCUCGGAGAUCUCAUGGAAAAGUUGGACGUUGGGUUAAGGCAUAUCAUCUUAAAGUUCCUCCUCCACCGAUGCCUCCUCGACCUGCUCGAGGCGGUCCACGUCAGAGAUAUCUGCCGACUCCUCGUGGUGUUAAUAUGAUCAUGUGGAGCCUGGAUAAUCGUUUUGUGCUUGCUGCUAUCAUGGAUAACAGAAUAUGUGUUUGGAAUGCUAAUGAUGGCAGCUUGGUGCACUCUUUGGCGGGCCAUACAGCAUCUACAUAUGUCUUGGAUGUGCAUCCGUUUAACCCAAGAAUUGCUAUGAGUGCUGGCUAUGAUGGGAAAACAGUACUAUGGGAUAUUUGGGAAGGUACUCCUAUAAGAGUGUAUGAGAUUGGUGGGCGCUUUAAGCUGGUCGAUGGGAAGUUCUCACAGGAUGGCACAUCUAUCGUGCUUUCAGAUGAUGUAGGACAAAUAUAUUUGCUAAAUACUGGUGAAGGAGAGUCUCAAAAGGAUGCUAAAUAUGAUCAGUUCUUUCUUGGGGAUUACCGCCCGCUUACUCAGGACACGCACGGUAAUGUUGUUGAUCAGGAGACACAACUUACACCAUAUGUGAGGAAUAUUCAAGAUCCAUUAUGUGAUUCAAGCAUGCUUCCAUAUCCCGAGCCUUACCAGAGUACAUAUCAGCAACGCCGGCUAGGUGCCCUGGGAAUUGAGUGGCGUCCAUCUUCCAUAAAAUUUGCCGUUGGCACUGAUAUAGGGAUGGGCCAAGAGUUCCAAAUAUUACCUUUGCCAGAUUUGGAUGUGGUACUUGAGCCACUGCCAGACUAUGUCGAUGCUAUGUAUUGGGAACCCGAAAAUGAUGGCAUGAAUGAUGACAAUGACUCGGAGUACAAUGCUGCCGAAGAGAAUUUUAGCGAUGAGCAAACUUGUCUUAGUGACAGCACAUCGAGUGAUUUGGAUUGUAGUGAAGAAGACAAGGUCGCGCGAAAUCACAAGGAUAGUACACGCCGGUCGAAAAGGAAGAAAUCUGUACUCGAAGUCGGCAUGAUGACUUCUGGUAGACGCGUUAAGAAGAGAAUAUUGGAUGGACACGAGGGAACUUCAUCGAGGAAUAAAAGACAUAAAAAGUUAAAAAUUACUCACAGGACAUCUAAGCGAAAGUCUACCAAGUCAAAGCCAUCAAGAACUCAAAGAGUUGCUGCACGUAAUGUGAUCAACAAUAUUUCCCAAAUAACUGAAACUUCUGAAGGUGAACAAGAUGAAGAGGACUCAGCAGGCGAGUCGUCCAACACAGAGUCAUCCUUGGAAGAAGGUUUUUCUGUUCAGAGAAAGGAACAUGAAAAUCUACUUGUUGAUGAUCAAAUUCAAAAGACGUAUGCAGAUGUUGCAUUAGUAUCUUCAAAUGCGUCUGAUGAUGCAAUCAAGCAUAUCGGAACUCCCGAUUCACAGAUCCGCAGCGGGAACAAGAAGAAACUAGUGGUCAGAUUUUCCCUUAAUAAUCGUAAGGCACCUGUAUCUUCUGAGAAUCACGUGGACCAAUUGAAUAAUCAAGCUGCCUCUUCAGGUUUUGGGGAAAAUGAAGAAAACGCCGGAAAAGAUGGGGUUAAUUUUAAAUAUGGUGAUCCGUGUUCGUCUUCUGCAAUUGGGGCUGAUAACGAACCCUCUGAAAAUUGUGGCAAUGAGUCGAGGGCAUUUGCCAGUAUUAGUGAUGCCAAUGUGAGUUGGGGAAAAUUCAAAAUACGCACGUCAAUUGUCACGCAGUUGGGAGAUGUUGAACGGGCCCCAGCCGAAGGUGAAGUAAAUUCAACUGAAAUCAAUCCGAUGAACUAUGAAGAUAAAUCAAGUCAAUCCGCACAGCAAAAUAAGUCCAAAACUAAACUUACCAUUAAAUUCAAAUCAAGGAAGUCCGUACAGAGCUCUCCUCCCGAACUUCUUGAUGAAGCCAAUCAUAUGCCACAAUCCCAUGUGAGUGAUGAUGAAACUUGUGACGAUGAUCCAAGUGUUAGUUUUUCUGACCAAGAGGAAGAAGAUGAUUCGCCUGACAUGGCAACUGAUUCUGCUCGUCGAGCUAGAUCAUUUAGGUUGAAGGCUGCACCAAAGGAGGCUAGUCGAGCGAACUAUAAAAUUAAAAUAGGCUCUGCAUAUUUACAACCAUGUACAUCGAGAAGUGCAGAAAGGUCCUCCAAGAAAGACGUUGAUUAUUUCCCACCAGAGGGUUCCAGGUAUUCUGGAAGAUCUAGGUCUUCUAGAAACAAGAAAGAGAAUGGGCAUAGAAGAGAGAGAAGUUCUUUGGCUAAGCACCAAGGGGCCCGAAAAACAAAUUGGCUGUUAUUGUCAGAGCAGGAGAUUGGAUAUCGUUACAUACCUCAGCUAGGAGAUGAAGUUGUGUACUUGCGGCAGGGCCAUGAGGAUUUCUUGGAGUUGACUCAGGCACAAGAAUCUGGUCCAUGGGUGAAGCAUGGAGAUAAGAUUAGAGCCGUCGAAGUUUGUUCAGUCGAAAACCUCAAGUACACAACUCAGCGUGGCUCUGGCGACAGCUGUUGCCUUAUCACUCUGAAAUUCAUCGAUUCCUUUUGCAGCGUAUUUGGCCGUAAGUUCCAACUGUUAUUGCCCGAGCUUGACUUCCCGGAUUUCAUUGUUGAAAGGAGUAGAUAUGAUGCUGCUAUAGAGAGAAAUUGGUCAACUCGGGAUAAAUGCCUCGUAUGGUGGAGGGACGAGAGUGAUAGUGGGGGCACGUGGUGGGAGGGUCGAAUUACGGCUAUUGAAGACAAGUGUAAAAAUUUCCCGGGAAGCCCUUGGGAAAGAUAUCACGUCAAGUACGAAAACGAUGAGGCUGAUUUUCGUUAUCAUUGCCCUUGGGAACUGCACGAUUCAGAAAUGCCAAUGGAGCAGCCAACUAUAGACUUUAACAGCAAAGAGAAGAUUUUAAAUGCUCUUACUAAAUUAGGGCGGGCUGCGAAUAAAGAUAAGGAUCGAUAUGGCAUCAGAAAACUGCGUGAAGUGGCAGCAAAGUCUGAAUUCAUGAACAGGUUCCCUGUUCCUCUAUCUCUGGAUAUAAUCAAGUCGAGGAUAGAAAACGACUACUAUAGAACUGUUGAGGCCUUUAAACAUGAUUUUGGGGAAGUUUUAGCAAAUGCUCGGACUUAUUUUCAGAAAAAUGCAGAUCUUAUGAGAAAGUUUAACCGGCUCUCCAGCUGGUUUGAUGAAACCCUUUCAGACUUGUAG